AUGCUCCCAUUUGCUCUUCUUUUCUCUUCCGUCAUCAUCAGGUCUCUGCUUGGGCAUCGCCUGUGGCCAUUCAUGUUCCGGGCUCCCUUUGUCUCGACUCCCAUGACAUUCCAGAAGCCGACCCUAUCGAUCGAUAUAUUUUCCACACAACCAAGUCCUUUAGCCAUCGGGCUAUACCGUCAUGACGCCGCGUCUACCCCCCGCGAUAUCGGACCUAAAUCUCACAAGUGUUUAUUGCGCUUCUCGAUUCAACUUCCGUCAACUGACAAGGUCGUCUCUCUGCAAUCAAGAAAGAUUGACCGCACUUUUGGGCUGGGCUUUACCGUCGACAUCCCUCUUGGAGAGAGCAAUGAGGAAGAUGGUUUUGGUGUUAUCCACCAAUAUGACCGCGCCCUAGAGAAAUACGGGAGCAGACAGUAUACACCGGGAUGGCGCUGGCCAUCGGAGUACGAAGCAUCCCUGUGGCAAAGCACAGCUCUCACCGACGAGCAAUUUGAAUUCACCGAGCUGCACCUGGACGAGCCAGUGUAA